UAUAUAUUUUUAAUAUAUCUAAUCUAUAUCUGAUGUAACGCCGUUGUAUUGAGUGCCACGUCACGGUGGGCGGAGCCUCAGAGGAAUCAAAAUGGCGGCCACCUACAACAGCUUCAGUUUGCACACGGCGCCUGAGAAGUUCUACAUCGAGGCGUGUGACGAUGGCGCUAACGAAGUCCUCGCUAUUGACCGGGUGUCUACGGAGAUGACGCUGAUAGGGAUGAAGGACAUCCCUCCUUCAGCAGUGACCCGGCCGAUAUGCGGCAUCAUGGGAACGAUACGGCUGGUAGCAGGGACGUACCUCAUCGUCAUCACCAAGAAGAGGAAGGUGGGGGAUCUGCUGGGACACGCCGUGUGGAAGGCCGUGGAGUUCGACGUGAUCUCCUAUAAGAAGACGGUGCUGCACCUCACAGACACGCAGGUCUGGAAGCGUUCUGGGGUUGAGUUAUCUCAGAGUUUAGUCUCGAUGCAGGACAACAAAGCCUUCCUCGCUAUGAUCAACAACGUCCUGAACACAGACGGAUUUUACUUCGCCACCGACUACGACCUCACACACACCCUGCAGCGCCUCGCCAACACCAGCCCCGAGUUUCAGGAGAUGAGUCUGCUGGAGAGGGCGGAUCAGAGGUUUGUGUGGAACGGCUACUUGCUAAGAGACUUCAGCACACAGCCUGAGCUGCACAGGUUCGCCUGUCCUGUGAUCCACGGCUUCAUCGCUAUGAAGUCCUGCUGCAUCAACGGGAAGAUCUUCGACUGGAACCUCAUCUCCAGGAGGAGCUGCUUCCGCGCCGGCGUUCGCUACUACGUCCGAGGGAUCGACUCCGAGGGUCACGCCGCAAACUUUGUCGAGACGGAGCAGAUCGUUCAGUACAGCGGCGCCAAGGCUUCGUUCGUACAGACCCGUGGCUCCAUUCCGUUCUUCUGGUCCCAGCGUCCAAACCUCAAGUACAAACCCAAACCGCAGAUCAGCAAGAGUGGCAAUCACCUGGAUGGUUUUCAGAGACAUUUCGACUCGCAGAUCAUAACCUACGGCCGACAAGUCAUUUUAAACCUGAUUAAUCAGAAAGGUUCUGAGAAACCUCUCGAGCUCGCCUUCGCCAAGAUGGUGGAGAGUCUCGGCAACGGCAUGAUCAAGUACGUGGCCUUUGACUUUCAUAAGGAGUGCAGUAGGAUGAGGUGGCAUCGCCUGCAGAUCCUGGUGGACACCGUGGCCGAGCAGCAGGCCGAUUUCGGCUUCUUCCUGGUGGACUCAGCCGGAACGGUCCAAAUGCAGCAGGAGGGGACGUUCCGUAGCAACUGUAUGGAUUGUCUGGACCGGACCAACGUGGUGCAGAGCCUCCUGGCCAGACGAUCGCUUCAGGCUCAGCUGCAGAGGAUGGGUGUCCUGCAUGUUGGACAGAGAAUCGAGGAUCAGGCUGAUUUUGAGAAGAUCUACAAGAACAUGUGGGCCGACAAUGCUAAUGCGUGUGCUAAGCAGUACGCUGGUACAGGAGCGCUGAAGACAGACUUCACACGGACAGGGAAGAGGACGCAGUGGGGGUUGGUGAUGGACGGCUGGAACUCGAUGAUCAGAUAUUACAAGAACAACUUCUCAGAUGGAUUCAGACAGGACUCCAUCGAUCUGUUUUUAGGAAACUACGCCGUGGAUGAAGCGGACAUGAGCACUACUCUCCAUGAAGCCAAAGAUUGGAAGUUCCUCACGCUGCCAAUCAUCAUGGUGGUGGCGUUCUCCAUGUGUAUUAUCUGCCUCCUCAUGGCCGGUGAGACGUGGACGGAGACAUUAGCGUACGUGCUGUUCUGGGGCAUGGCGAGCGUGGUCACGGCCGGCGUGAUCCUCUUCAACGGCCGAGAUUUCGUUGACGCGCCCAGGCUGGUCCAGAAGGAGAAGAUGGACUGAGAGUGCGUGUGUGGAAAGCAGCUGGGUCCCGUCGACUCUUCAUCCUCAUCCUCAUCCUCAGCCCCGUCUUCGUCCUCGGGACUUUCCUUCUCUCGUCUGCGCCGUGACUGGAGCCUGUACUGAACGUUGUCAUCAUCGCCCAUACUGUCACGAUGGAAGAGGCACGGAGGAGGAGGAGGAGGAGGAGGAGGAGGAGAAGAGCAGGGGCCAGGCGGGGCCAAACAGGUGGGCGUCGGCAAGACUGACUCGAAACCACGCCCACACGCUGCUCUCCACACUGCAGUCUCAUCUCAGAGGAACAGCCCGGACUGAAGAAGGCGCUGUUCAUCAGCUCAGAGCUACACUGGAGAAACCACAUCUUUGUGACCCUUCGACAUCACACACACCAUAAUGUAGCUUGUAUUUUAGUAUCAUUUGAACCAGUAUGGAAUUUUUUUUACUCCUAAAACAAGGUUCCUGGCCCCUUUCUGGCACUCAUACGGCAUAUCCGGCGCGGGCGAUAUGACAAUAUUUGAUCAUUUAUCGUGAUAUAUCUCGGAUAUCGUCUGUAUCGUCUUUUAGACACUAAACCCAUUUGCAUGUGUCGUGAAAGAUCUAGACCGAUCCUAGCUUCUGUAAAGUGUAAGCACUGAAAAGAAAAAUAUUCGACAGCAUCCUGUGUUCCAACAAAAAAAUAAACAAAAUAAACUAAAUCAAUAUUGUGAUGUAUGUAUCGUGUAUCUGGAAAAUGUCCGAAGCGCUACGUGAUUAUUUUUAUUGCCGUAUCGCCCGCCUCUGUGCCAGAAUUCAGUCUGAUAUUGAUAUUCAGAUAUGUUUGUUUCAGUUGCCAUGACGAUCUGUUGAUUCAGCUUUACGUUGCCUCUGUCAAACCUUACGUUAAAGGAGCGCUUUCGGCCAAAAGUGAAACGUGCACGUAUGUCCAGAACAAAAGCUCAGACGUGCCAUCCUGUGCUCAAAAAUACGCCAUGUUAUUAUUUUUCCUCACAAUAAAUACAAAAAAACAAACAGAUAAACCGAUCGACAUGAACGAUUGACAGCCGCGAAGGUGUUUUGAACUCUCGGACGUUAAUUGACCCGCUGGAAGCCACGCCCCUUUCGCGUUCUGCAAUGGCGCGUGGAGAGUGUUUUGAGUUCAUUGGUGUGAAAUAAAAUCAGCGUAUGUUCGACUCAGCUAACAUUAGACAAUUGUUUAACUGUAUUUAUUAGCGAUGCACCAGAUUUUGGGGUGGGGGUGGGACAAUCCCAUUGUGGGCAAAAGAUGUUUUUUGGUCAGAAAAUACAAAAGGGUGAAAAUUUUAACUGAAUAAUGAUACCGUCUUUUUAAAAAAAUUUUUUACAUAAACGGUUAUCGAAUCAAACGCGGAUCGCAACUUUAAACUUUGCGACCGUUUAAAAGUGUACAUUUCAUUUUUGGCCUUUAAUGCUUUAAUAAUGAUUUAAUAUCACACGAGUGGCCACUUUCAGAACAAGAAUAUUUCAAGAACAACAACCUGAACCUCAGCAGCAAGAAGCCGCACACUCCGAUCAGUCGUAUUAGCUGCCUAACUUUCUAAUGAUCUAGCUUGAUAGCUAAUAAAGUUACUUCAGCAGUCUAGAUGUUAUAGUUGGCCGAUCAAGUGUGUGCAUGCAUAUAUAUGCGUAUAUAUAAUUAGUUUUUUUAAGUUUAUUGCUUUUGUUUUGCCAUGUAAUGCAGGAAAAAAUUUUACCCCCCCCCCCCCCCCAAAAAAAAAAUACAGGAUUUGGACUGAGCUGGCCACGUGUAGCGGUUUGCUAGCAGUCACAUGUUCAAGCAUUUAUAACCCUAACAAGGUACAGACCUCAACCAGAGACUGGGAGAUACUAAUGUUUUAAUGUUAUUUAACGUGUGCUGUUUUCUUUUCACCUCAUCUUAUUAUUUUGUCCAUUUUGUUUCCAGUGAACUGUUUUAUGUCGUCCAGCACGAUCAAGACCGAUACAAAAUGUGCCGAUACGAAAUGUUCGUCGUGAUAAAUUGUCUAAAUUCCAUCGCGUUUCGUACAUAAUAUCCCUAUAGUCAUAUAAACAUAUAGCGAUAUGUUUAUAUUGAGGUUUUGUUUUUUUAAAAAAAUUUUAUUAGCACCGACAUUUUUGAAUAUGGCGCAAGUUCAGUUAGCGGUUAAAACAUUUUAUGGUGUAAUUUUAGUCUUAGGAAGUCAUUUCUUAGAAAUUAACCAGCAGAUCUGAGGAAAAUGUUGACGUUCUUGAUAAUUUUGUCUCGUUUCCACGAUCACUGUGCCUUUACAAUGUCCGUAUAAAUGACUUUUAAGUGCCGUGUGCUAGCUGGUUAUGGUUUUAGCUUCAGGCAUUAGCCGUAUUUAUUCCCACAACGUUAAUCAGCUGAAAUUUGAGUGUCUUAUGUGUGACUUCGAAUGUUGAAAAUGUUUACGAGUUCCAUUUAAACUGAAAGCGUUAUUCAGUAAUCAGAGUGACGAUUUUGACGGCCAUGUUGGUUUUUUGCCUUUUUUCCCCCCCACAGAACUCUUUAUAUGUGAAUGGAAUUAUACCUAAAGUAAGAGAGCUUUAUCCUGGAGCAGUCUCCUUAUAAACUCUAAACAUAUUAUGCACAUGCCUAGUGACCAGGUUUAUCUGAUAUGCCGUGAGUUUCAAGACCUAGUGGACUGGGACCAAGUAAAAAUUCCUCGCCACCGACCUGUGCCACAUUAUUUUAUUUUUUUGGUGCAUUUUAACUUUGUAAUUCUUUGUAAAUUCCACGUUGAAUGGAUCGCCUGCCUUAAGCCGGUUAAGAAAGACGUGUACGUGAAUACCACCAUCUUGCAUCUGUCUUAUCAGAGAACGUAAAAGCACCAGUGGUUAAUUUUAUUAUGAAAAUGAGAGUUGUGUGUCUGUAUUGUACCUCCUUUUUCCAGUAGCUUCUCAGAUCUGAAUUUAUGGACUUCCAGAUCAAUCAGUUGGACGUUUAGAGCCUCGGCCAAAUCCUCCGUUCAGCUAGUUUUGAUGCCAAACCUUCACACAUCACUUUGUCUAAUGCAUUAUAGAUAUUUAAUUAAAGCUGCACUAGGAUUAAAUCUGGUGUCUGGUGUCUCUCUGCAAUCUCCCUGUACACAAGGUUCACUUGUUGAGUUUUGCACUAGGACACAGUGGAGCUUGAUUUACUCAUCUGUAUGAAUGUAAAUGUUACCAAACAACCGAUCACUGGAACGUUGUCUGGGAAUCACUUUAUUUCUCAGGACAGUUUGGUGUCUUCAUAAGUUCCUCCUAGUGUUUGAAGUAGGCCCAAAGUGCCUACACUGGGCACGUGAGCAUCAGAACUGGACCAUGGAGCAAUGGAAGAAGGUGGCCUGGUCUGAUGAAUCAUGUUUUCUUUUACAUCAUGUGGAGGCCGGGUGUGUGUGUGUGUGUGUGUGUGUGUGUGUGUGUGUGUGUGUGUGUGUGUGUGUGUGUGUGUGUGUGUGUGUGUGUGUGUGUGUGUGUGUGUGUGUGUGUGUGUGUGUGUGUGUGUGUGUGUGUGUGUGUGUGGCUUUCAUGAGGAAGAGAUGGCACCAGGAUGCACUAUGGGAAGAAGGCAAGCUGGUGGAGGCAGUGUGAUGCUCUGGGCAAUGUUCUGCUGGGAAACCUUGAGUCCUGGUGUUCAUGUGGAUGUUACUUUGACACGUAUCACCUACCUAAACAUUGCUCCAGACCGUGUACACCCCUUCAUGGCAACGUUAUUCCCUAAUGGUAACCAGUGUGCUCUUUCAGCAGGAUAAUGCUCUCUGACACACUGCAGAAUAUUUUAUAUUUAUAUUUAUUCAGGAACGGUUUGAGGAACAUAAAGAGUUCAAGGUGUUGACUCGGCCUCCAAAUUCCCCAUAUCUCGAUCCGAUCGAGCGUCGGUGAGAUGUUCUGGGCAAGCAAGUCCGAUCCACGGAGGCCUCACCUCACAACCUGCAGAGCUUAAAGGUUCUGCUGUUAACGUCUCGGUGCCGGAUACUCCAGCACACCUUCAGAGGUCUUGUGGAGUCCAUGCCUCGACGGGUCGGAGCUGUUUUGAAGUAGACGGGGACCUACACUGCAUUAGACAGGUGGUUUUAAAGUUACGGUUGGUCGGUGUAUAAUAUACUAUAGCGCUGUGGUGUAGUUGAGU